CUCCCGUCCCUCAUCUCAUUCUCGGUUCGACGUCGGGCUGGUCCUUUAUCAGCUUAUUCUCUAUCUGAUCGCAGAACGACUACUCCGCCACUCCUUCGUAUCUGCAAACUAUUUCACUAUCUCAAUAUUCUAUCGAACUGCGACUCGACCUUAUCCCGCUUCGCACUCCCUUCUGUCGUCCUAAACCUACGCUACUCGUUCUGACGAUCUGUUAUGCCCUCGACACGUCCCUCCGAUCUCCUCCCCGACUUCUCCGGCAGAACUAUAGACCGCUUCCGUCUUCUGGAAAGGCUAGGCAAAGGCAGCUUUGGCUGCGUCUACAGCUGCGUCGACACCUCUCUCGCGAAGGACUCCGCGCGCUACGCCAUCAAGUGCAUGCUCGCUCCCGAACCAGGCUCUCGCGACUCCGAGUCCUUCGAGCGCGAAGUCGAUCUCCACGCUCGCGUCAGCUCGCACCCGAACAUCGUCACCCUGCACGACGUCGUCCGGGCCGGUCCCUACGUCUUCAUGGUUCUCGAUCUCUGCGACGGCGGCGAGCUCUUCACGGCAAUAGAGGGCGGUGGCUUUCAUCAGAAAGACGAUCUGGUCAUGAAGAUAUACCUGCAGCUGCUGGACGCGCUCAAGUUCUGUCACGACCACGACGUCUUCCACCGCGAUCUGAAGCCGGAGAACAUUUUAUACUCACAAUCUACAGGGCAGGUUUACCUGGCAGACUUUGGCCUCAGUACGCAUGAGAGAUUCUCGCACAGUCGAGGAUGUGGGACUAGCCAUUAUAUGAGUCCUGAAUGCAUCGGCGAAGACUCUCCCGCGAAGAUGUACCUCAACACCGCGAACGACAUGUGGGCGCUUGGCGUCAUCCUCAUCAACAUGCUCACGAUGCGCCGCCCCUGGCACAAGGCCGUCCUCCGCGAUCCCUGCUACGCCGCCUUCGUCGCGGACCCCGACUGGAUCUACGACGCGCUCCCCGUCAGCCGGGCUGUGAGCGAGAUCGUUAAGGGUGUCUUUGAGGCGGAUCCGGCGAAGCGGUUGGGGUUGGAGGAGUUGAGGGGAAGAGUGGUGGGAGUGGAGACGUUUUUCAAGCCGGAGAUGGAGCUGGGAAGGCAGGGAGGGGGUGGAGACAACGCCGGAGCUGGCACUCCUGUUGGCGUGCGCAGCCCUGCCCUCCGCUCGGCUCGAAGACGUCUCGAAGCCCUCGCACGGUUCGGGUCACCGCUGGUCGACAUAUGCCUCGACGUCGCGCCAGGCGUCUUCGUCAUCGGCGAGUCGAGCUCGUCGAAUGGAAGUCCCUCGAGCGCCGCGAGCAGCUCUUGCGACCUCGUCACCCCGCCCGAACAUACGGUCGAUCCUGGGCAUGUCGCUGUUGACUCGGGGCACGCCGCCCUCGCCGCCGACUUGCCAUCCCAUCCGCGCGGGCCGGUGAAGAAACCACUUGCGCUGGCGGCCCCGCCGGGCGGCGUCGUUGCCGCGCGCGAGCGCAUGAUGGACUCCAUCGCAGAGAGGCUGAAGGGGCUCGAGGUCCGCAGCCGCGCUGUGGGGGACGUGCUGGACGCGCGGAUCCGGAAGAAUAGGGCCCUGCUGGACAGGCUGGGUGGGCGGAUGGACGCUAGUUAA